ACAAUAGUUUAUUACAAUGGUUGAAUAUUCCUUCGUUUCUUGGCAUUCAUCUUUUUCCUGCAUUGGGCAAAUGGCCAGUGGAACCAAACGCAUCUUAGUAACCGGUGGAGCUGGUUAUAUUGGCUCACAUACUGUUGUAGAACUUAUCAACGCAGGUUAUGAAGCGGUGGUUGUCGACAACUUGUACAAUGCAUCUGCAGAGUCUUUGAAACGAGUGGGACAAAUUACUGGUCAACCAGACAAGAUUAUUUUCAAAAAGGUGGAUCUUCUGGACGUAGACGCUUUAGAAAAGGUUUUCAAAGAGUACACUUUCUCUUGUUGCAUCCACUUUGCCGGUGCUUAAGGCAGUAGGAGAAAGUGUGAAAAUACCUCUCAAGUACCACCACAACAAUUUGACUGGAACGAUCAAUCUUGUAAGUAUGCUGCAGCGUUAUGACUGCAAAAAUAUUGUCUUUUCUUCGUCUGCAACUGUAUAUGGCCUUGCGAAAACCAUGCCAGUAAAGGAAGACGCGCCUUUGGGAACAACCAAUCCUUAUGGAAAUACCAAGCUCUUUAUCGAGGAAAUUUUGAAAGAUGUCUACAAAUCGGAUAGUAGUUGGAAUGCAGUUGUCCUUCGAUACUUUAAUCCUGUUGGAGCGCAUCCGAGUGGUCUUAUUGGUGAAGAUCCUAGCGGAAUACCGAACAAUUUGAUGCCUUAUAUAGCCCAAGUUGCUGUAGGGCGCUUACCAGAACUGAGUGUAUUUGGAAAUGACUAUGAAACUCAUGAUGGAACGGGAGUUCGGGAUUAUAUCCACGUCGUUGACUUAGCCAAGGGACAUGUUGCUGCUCUCCAUAAAAUGGAGAAGAGUCCCACAGGUUGGGUGGCAGUAAAUUUAGGAACAGGCAAGGGUUAUUCAGUUUUGGAUAUGGUGAAUGCAUUCCAUAAGGCUUCAGGAAAACCUGUUCCUUAUAAAAUAGUACCUCGUCGAGAAGGCGACGUUGCAGUUCUCUAUGCAGAUCCUUCCUUUGCACAGGAGUUUCUUGGUUGGAAAGCCGAAUUGGGAAUCGAUGAGAUGUGCCGAGAUACAUGGAAAUGGCAGUCAUCGAAUCCUCAAGGAUAUAGAACAAAAUGAAUAGUUGGAUUAUGUACUAGUCGAAGAUUAGUAAAAGUAGUAACCCUUUG